AUGCGUGACAACAUUAAAGGAUUAUCAGAUCCCUCCAUCAAAAGAUUAGCACAUUAUGGGGAGUUAUAUGAAGAAACAAGUGACAUGUUGAAAGUAUUUCUUGAAAAUGUAAUUAAAGAUGCAUCAACCUAUACAGAACAUUAUAGGUGCAAACCUGUAAUAUCACUUGAUGUUGGUUAG